AAGUGAUGAUCUCAGUGCGGUCCUCCAGGAUGGGCACACUUAUUACGUGUCUGUGAGGGUCACGAAUCGUGCGGGUGGUCAAACAGUUAACUCAUCAGUUGGUGUCACGAUCGCACUUCCAAAGAACAUAACUGCAUACGUGGAGGUGAAUACGACAUGUAGAUCAGCCUUUGACUUGCCUAACAUUAACCUAACGGGAACAGGAAUUACUGUGUGUAAAGAUCAAAAUGGUAUAGGUAUUGAGUGGAAACAAGAAAUGUCUAAGCCUGGUGAUAAUGCAAAUAGCUAUUUCGUUGCGGGGUCUUCAAAGGCCUAUGAUGAUAUCAUUUCCAAAGUUGCCAUCGCUCCUAAAGAAAUGCAAGGGGAGUUUGAGUUUGGAUCACUUAAGGUGCAAGAUGGUGAAAUUAUAAUUGAGCCAUAUGGAAAAUUGAAUAUAUCGGAUGUCAAUGGAGAGUAUGAUACAAACACUUCUGCUCAGAAUAGAUUCCACAUGGAGCCAGGAAGGUACAUAUUUUACUGCGAUGAA